GCGCGUUUUCAAGGGAGACGCAUCUCCCGGCCUCGGCGCUGCACUCGCAGUACUGAAGUUAAAGUUAUCCGGUUUUUUUUCAAACUCCGAUGUUCAUUUGUCCGGACUGUUUGCAUUCGACAUUUUAUUUCAAUAUGUUUUCCUCUGUUAACAUCGAACGGCAAGACUGUGUCAAGUUUGGACGUAUCACCAAAAGUUGGCAAACAGCUGCACUGGGGGUGUCGGGCGCGGGCCCAAACAUACGCCCCAUGCGUGCAGGUAGCAUGGAGCCAGUGCCGCCCGUGCACACGCCAAUUUACGAGCACAAGAAGCACCGGCUGUCACGCCUGCUCGAUAAGCUGGCAGUCCAGCUGAAUAAUAACAACAACUACCCAACUCCAUCCUGGCUCGUCCAUGAGACUCCGCAAACUGAGCAUAACGAAGCUCCCUUGGAUCUGAGCCUGAAGUCACCUCGCGAGGGCACGGGGAUAUUCAGUUGCCAUGCUUGUGGCCAGGAGUUUUCCAUCUACGACCGCCUGGUGAAGCACAUCGCGUCGCGGCACCGCAGCAAACCGGAGGGCGUGCGCGCAUAUGAAUGUGAAGUCUGCUUUAGGAAAUUCGCCAGGUCGGACAUGCUGACUCGGCACGCGCGCCUGCAUAGCGGGGUCAAGCCGUACUCGUGCGCGUCGUGCGGACAGGUGUUCUCGCGCUCAGACCACUUGGCCACUCACCAGCGCACGCACACAGGCGAGAAGCCGUACCGCUGUCCGUCGUGCCCGUACGCCGCGUGCCGCCGCGACAUGAUCACCCGCCACAUGCGCACACACCUGCGCCGCCCCCAGCCCGCCUGAAUCAACUCUUCUUCCUUCAAUUACUUCAUUUGAGACUGAUUUUUUCAUUCCAAAGUUGAGCCAUUGUUUUGAUUGGUGUUUUGUUUGGAAGCCCGCCAGAGGCCUCGUGUUGGUAAGACAUAUCUCAUUGCCUCGCAGAAUUAUUGACUUGACUGCGAUUGUGUGUUGCCAGUUUGCGAUUUUAAAGAUGUUUAUGCCGCAGCGAUGUCAAUUGAAUCUGCUGUGCGCAAUGCGAUGUGUCGAUUCUUGCCCUUGAAAUUAUGUUCGGGACUAUGCACUUAGUUAUUCCAUUUUGUAUGGAAAAUUGGGCCGUUAUUGUUAAUUUUUAUACAAUUUAAUCACAACAAAUUGUUCUGUGCCAUCGAUAUAAUUUUUGCAGUGUUAAUACUUAUAUUUUCGUUAAUUGAUUAUACGUCAUUCUUUGUGUCACUUCUUAAAAGUUAAAAUAAAUGUUAAAAUAAU